AUGUUUUUCCAUAAAACAAUCAUCAUGUGAUAUUUCUGGAGUUCUGGUCUCUAAAAAACCUUUACAAUAGAACCCAUAAUUCAAAAUUGUCUAUCAAUGGCUGUUGCUUUAGUUUCCCCUCAAACAUUUGAGGCUUGUAAACAAGCUGCUGGAGUAGCUGGAAACAUAUUUGCUUUUGGGCUUUUCAUUUCGCCCAUACCUACCUUUCAAAGAAUAAUCAGAAACCGAUCAACAGAGCAGUUCUCUGGAAUGCCAUACAUAUAUGCCCUCAUGAACUGCUUGAUCUGUGCUUGGUAUGGCACCCCGUUCAUAUCUUCCGAUAAUAUCUUGGUUACAACAGUCAACUCUGCUGGUGCAGUUUUCCAAUUAACGUACAUAAUUAUCUAUAUCUCGUGUGCUGAGAAACGCAAAAAGUUCAACAUGUCUGCAUUACUACUGGCAGUGUUUGGCGUAUUUGCAGUCAUUGUUAUCGGGAGUUUGCUUGUAACAGACCUUGAAGUUCGACAUUUACUUAUCGGGUUUUUGAGUUGUGCUACCCUUAUAUCGAUGUUUGCUUCCCCCUUGUCAGUAAUGAAUCUAGUGAUCCAGACAAAGAGUGUCGAAUUCAUGCCAUUUUACCUCUCCCUCUCCACUUUUUUGAUGAGCACCGCGUUUAUGUUAUAUGGAAUAUUUAAUUUCGAUGCUUUCAUCUAUGUCCCAAAUGGUAUAGGAACCAUUUUGGGAAUUGCACAAUUGGUUUUGUACUUCUACUACCAUGAUAAGUCAAGACUAGAAAACAGAGAACCGUUAAUAGAGUCAAUUGCAUGAUCAAGUGCAAGCUUGUAUCUUGCCAGGUAAUCAAACACGCAUCAAUUCUUUGCCUGUGUGAACUUGGUUGGUUUCUGAGUUUGUUAUUCAAUUAUCAUCGAAGAACAACUGCAGAAUCAUCUGAUUGUGGCGCUUGUUGGAUAUAUCAUUGUCAACUUGUGAAUUUUGUCUCCCGAUUGUGUAAUUUUUUUGUAAAGCUGAGGUGCACGCCAUCUGUGUUCUAUAUUUGUUUUCAUUUUGUUGAUGAGAGGUUUGUCGUGUAUGUCAUAUUCUUGUUCUUCAAUAAAUUUCAUUAUUUAAAGUC